GUACUCCAUACAGCAUUAAGCCUGAACUUCCAGUGUGCUUGUCCUGCAUAGCUGCAGAACGUAUACCCAAAGCACUCAUUAUAUCUCUCAUCCCCACACCAAUCAUAAUUCCAACCACAACACCCAAAAUGUCCUCCAUAACUAUCGCAACCCUCCCCCGCAUCAGCCGAGAUGCCCUCUCAGCCCUCCUCCUCUCCACCUCCUCCCCCAGCAAACUCGCCGUCAUCGAUGUCCGUGACUCGGACCACAUAGGCGGUCACAUCCUCAGCUCGACCUGGGUCCCCAGCUCCUCUCUCGACUACCGUCUCCCCGAACUCAUCCGCACCCUGCAAGACAAAGAAAAGGUUGUGUUCCACUGCGCGUUGAGCCAGCAGCGCGGUCCGUCCGCGGCUCUGCGGUAUGCUCGUGAGCGCGAGCGUGUCCUCGGUCAGGAGGAGAGCAAGAAACAGGAGGUUUUUGUUCUAGAGGGUGGGUUCGUUCAGUGGCAGGAGAAGUAUGGGAAGGAUGUGAGGUUGACGGAGGCGUAUGUGGAGGAUAUUUGGAGGGAGUAUUAGGAUAAGUUUAUCUGGAUUUGGUUGUUGGGAUGGAUGGUUGGUGCUGGUGAUACCCCUUUUUGCUGUUUUGGUUUGGAUAGGUUUGGUAUAGAUGGAUGGAUAUGCUUGAUGAAUAAGGUAGAGAUGGUUUAUAGUAGAGGGGUUGGCGCAGGAUUAGAAAUGGGAAUAGAGUAUUAUUUAGUUUUUUGUUACAAGGUCUAUACUAUACACUUCGCUAAUCCAGGUAUCAAUCAUAUAU